CGUUUUCAAAGAAUUCGAUUUCUGCCGAUCAACGCGGAGAGAGUUGUCUCGGGGGGAACGGCAGUUUGUCCCUCGAGCAGACUACUCAAGAAAGGCCUUUUUUUUUCUUGCUGCUUCGUGGGCAAUUGCUCCUUGUUUCUCUGGGAGAGCUAGCUGUCGUCCGUCGGCCUGUCCUUGGCCUUUUUUUCUUUUUCUUUCUUCGUGAAAUUGCCUCCAGUCAACGAAGGCGAAUCCUCGCGGCCGCCACCUCUCACUGGGUGUAUGUACACCUUCGGGUCCGCAGAUAUUCGCGGAGCCUUGCGCCUCGCAGUGGACAACGCUGACGUUUUCGCGGCAAUCCUUCUCCUCCCGACCUUCUUUCCUUCCCGCUGAAUAGAUGAGAAGCAAUCUGUCUCCUUCAUUCUUCCUCGCUUCUUCUCGCCGUGUCUCCGUGUCUCGGUUUUCGGAUUCGACUCUCCCUCCCUGCUUCUCUGAAAGGUCUUCGGCUCUGCCGCUUCUCUCGUCGUCUUCUCCCGCCUUCUCGCUUUUCCCUCUCCUUUCUCGCUUUUUUUCUCUCGUUUCCUCUCCAUGGCUUCUGUGCGCUCUCGUCCCCGCACCUCUCAACGCGGCGCCGAGCCCUCUGAUGAAAGCGCUCCUUCUGCGUCUCUCUCCCCAGAUGUCUCCGCUCUCUCCCCAGAUGUCUCCGCUCUCUCCCCAGGUGUCUCUUCUUCUCGGUCGACGGUGUCUUCUCAGAGUCCAUCGGAAGGCAAAGGCCGACCUCGGGCGCUGAGGAAUAUGCGGAGUUCACAGAAGUCUGACAGGAAGGAGUUGACAACAACCAGGCCGUCCGGCACUUCCACUCAACGAACCUCGUCGACCCUCGGCGUACGCCAGCUCUCGACCUCCGCUUCUGCGUCGUCUGCGCGGAAGCGCGUUCGAGCGUCUUCUCGUUCCUCUUCUUCCCGAGCGAAUUCCACGAGACGCCCGAGGAGGAGACUCGCGCAGGUCAGCAGGACCGACAGAGAGGGAGGGGAAGGAAGAGCGACUGCUCUUCUCACAACGAGGCCGCCUGGGAGCAACGGAGCCGACGCCUCAGUGCGCGCCAAGCAGGCCAAGGACGAGACGCGAACAGGAACGAAGACGCGUUCGUCUGCUUCCUCGCGAGCUGCAUCCAGCGCGCGCGAGACCGAGAAGGCAUCGCCGCUGGAAGAGAAGAGACCGAAGACCGCUGGGCAUGGCAGAACUCGCAGCCGGACGAGGCCGAGCAGAGAUAGCCAGGAGAGCCAGGGGGGCUCCGAGCGAGUCCGGAAGAGCCGAAAGGAGAAGGAGUUCGGGUGUCUCGGUUCCGACGAAGACGAGACUGCGACUCCGCGCUUGGGAGACAGCGUCAUUGACGAAGCUGCUGUCAAGACGAUUCUGAAGAGCGAAGUUCCCAACACAGUUUUCAAAGUCUUCUGUACGCACUGCGAACCGAACUACAGUCAGCCGUGGACGACGAGGAGACAGACGACUUCCAUGAGCACUGGCUUCGUCACUCUCGAUGCGAACGGGAAACAGUGUCUCCUCACCAAUGCUCACUCCGUCGAACAUGCUGCCGUUGUGCAGGUUCGGAAGAGAGGAGACCAUCAGAAGUAUGAAGCAGAGGUUCUUUGCAUUGGACUCGAAUGUGACCUGGCGAUGCUGCGAGUCUCCGACGCCGAUUUCUGGAAAGGCCUCGGACCGCCGCUGCAGUGGGGUCCCUCUCCUCAACUCGGCGACCCUGUGACGGUCGUCGGCUAUCCGCUGGGAGGCGACAACUCCUCAGUCACCCAGGGUGUCGUUUCACGAGCAGAUCUGCAGCAGUACUGUCUCGGCUCUUGCAGCCUGCUUGCGAUCCAAAUCGACGCGGCAAUUAAUCCUGGGAACAGCGGCGGACCUGCUCUCAAUCGCAGCAGUCAGUGUGUGGGCAUAGCCUUCCAGAGUCUCAAGGACGGAGACACCGAAAAUAUAGGCUACAUUAUCCCCAGUGAGGUCGUCAGUCACUUCCUGGAGGACUAUCGUCGACAUGGUCGCUGUCUCGGCUUCGGCGACGGCGGAUUCACCUGGCAGAAGUUGGAGAACAAGUCUCUCCGACACUCCCUCUCUCUGAAAUCCAAAGACGAAGGAAUCCUCAUCAAAAAGUUGGAUGGCGGAGGCCCGGCGAAGGCGGUGCUUCAGAAGGGAGACAUUCUGCUGGAGAUCGGGGGGAAGAGGAUUGCGAGUGACGGCACAGUGGCCUUCAGAAAUGGGGAGCGUAUUCUCUUUACCUGGAUUCUCAGUCAGAUGUUCGUCGGAGAUCGCUGCUCGGUGAAGUUGCUGAGGCAGAACAGGGAACGCCGAGAGUCCUUCAGCGUCGGAAAACUCAACUUGCUCGUUCCUGCCAACAGCGACCUCCGACGUCCGCAGUACCUGAUUGUCGGGGGGCUGGUCUUCGUCCCUCUGUCAGAGCCUUUCUUGAAAAGCGAGUACGGAGAAGACUUCGAAUCGCGGGCACCCGUGAGACUUUUGGACAAAUGGCAGCACGGUUUCCAGUCGUUUCCAGGCGAGCAGUUCGUUCUCCUCAGUCAUGUCCUCGCCCACGAUGUCACAGUGGGCUACGAACAUCUCCACAACGUCCAAGUGCAACAAUUCAACGGGACAAGCGUCAAGACGUUGAAGCACUUGGCAGAACUGGUGGAGAAUUCGACAGAGGAAUAUUGGAGGUUCGAUCUGGACCACGACGAAGUCGUGGUGCUGGAGGCUGACGCUGCCCGCAGAGCUCUUCCUCACAUUUUGCAGAGGAACAUGAUUCGCAGCUGCAAGUCGGAGGAUGUCUGAGCAUCGCGGUUUCACAGGCGCUUAAACGAAAAGAGAAAGACAAAAAGAGGGAUGCGCUGACGGUGAAGGAGUGAUCACGCUGGUCAGAGAGAGGCAAGCAGAGACGAGGACGUCGAAGGAGAGAAACGGAGAGUCGCGCAACUGCAGAGGCGAAGAGACUUCUGCAGACACGCAGUCUGAAUGUGAACGUCCUUCAGAAAGGAGAAAGGGAUGUUCCCUGAAGAUCACAUGCUUCGUCGGGGGUAAAGAGACGCGAGAAAAAACCGUUUUCCGACGAACCAUGUUUCGUUCGUCUUCUGGACUGUCUCUGUCGCCUCGGUCCCGCAAGAGUCGAGCCUUCGCUCGACACCCUUUUUUCUUCUGUCGCUCACUCGUGUCUCUGCUCUUGACUUUCUCUGCUUCCACCUCCCUCUCUUCUUCCGCAG